GAAGGUACAUUGAGCGGUUCAUGAGAAGUUGUUAAAAGACAAACAAUGAAUGUCACUAUAUCCACAUAUUAUGCCAACCUUCAGAUAUCAUAAAUACAACAAAUCUGUGUUAAUGUAGAACAAUUAUAAGCCUAACAUAUGUGCACUAACAAACCCCCAAUGACAACAGACUGCAUUAUCACCCACAUAAUUAAUGACAUGAUGUGAGUAUAUGCAGGUCUGUUUGUACUGAAUCUGGUGUGAGUAUGUGCAGGUCUAUUUGUACUGAAUCAAGUGCAUUCAAGUACAUUAAGUGUAACUGUACCAACACUGAGUUUUGCCAGACUUUCUGGGGGAGUGUGUCUAAUUUAUAUUUAUCACAACUGGCUGCUAAAUAUACAAGAACUUAAAAAUAGAAUGUGAACAGGGUGAAGUUAUUGACACAUUGCAUAAUAUUAUUCCCUCAAACAGUGAAUAUCUGACAUGUUUGCAAAUUAUGAAUAUAUAUUAUGCAGAAUCUCCAGAUAAGUGCAUACUACAUUGUAUUAACCUUCACCCUGUUAAAUUUCUAAGAUGGACUGGUCCAUUAUUCAAUUUGGGCAGCACAACUUAUUAGCAAAAGGGGUGUUCACUGAAAAUUUACGUAUUAGUUAUUGGUCAAAUAUCAAAUUUUAUGGAAUUUAUUGCAAGCGUAGCGUAGCGGAGCGCAGCAAUAAGUUCUAUAAAAUUUGAUAUGACCAAUAACUGAUUUACAGUUUGCCUGUGCAAAAAGUCACGUACGCCAUGUCGGCGUAUGCUUUGAAGUGAUAAACGUCCGCCCAUAAGAAUUUUGAUUGACAGGUCCAGAGAGGAAAAAGUUGUCUUGAAACGUCAACCAAAUACCAAUAGCCAGGGUUCAUUUUUUACAGUGUUAAUUCGUGAAUGGUAUUACAUGUAUAUGCACGUGUCGAAAGUAACUAAAAUAUGGCAGAAAAGACAGUUUCAACAGAACACAAAACUGAGCUGGAUAAUCAGUUAGAUUUCCUGAACGAUGACUACUUUUAUAUUCCGUUUUGUCAAAAUGAUGUUACUGUUUCGCAGCUCCUUACUGUCGACACGCAACAACUCUACGACGCCAAGAAUGAUACUAGUAAUCAAGCAGAAAACAAAGAGAACACCCCAGCAGAAGUGUGCAACAGUAGAUUUCAGAAGCCGCUGUCUACAGUAGAUAAGAACAAGCAGCGGAACGCUGUUCCUGGCAACACGACUCGAAGUAAUAUAUGGGCGAUAAAUGUGUGGAAAGAAUGGGCCGAUAAUCGCAACCUGCAACCAGAAACUGUGUCGGAGCCGGGCUUUCCAAUUCCUCUAGAUAUCGGAAACUUUCAGUCUUACCUGGAAAUGGACUUUUGGCUUUAACGCUUUAUUUGUGAAAUUAAGCAUAAGAACAGUGAAACCUACCCGCCAGCAACUUUGCAAAAUAAUGCAGCAGGAAUUCAACGUUAUUUACGUACAGAGAAAUUGAUGCAUGUAAAUUUGUUUAAAACGGACGAUCCCAAAUGCGCGGAAUUUCGAACAACAUUAGAUUCUCAAGUGUGUUGAAACCGGAAAACUCGAAAACAGAAUACCAAAUGAAAGUGAAUCUGUAUUAACUGUGAACGUACCAGCAGGUGUUCAGAAAGUCAUGAUAGUUACACACACCAGUAAAAAAUUUGUGAUGGAAAUUUAACUAGAAAUUUCAUUUGUUACGUGACUGUACUUGUAUUUUGUGAACUUCUGGUGGAACUGCUUAUUGUAGGUUGACAUUAAAUUGGGGCUAAACACUUUUUCAGUCUAGUUGAUUAUUUCAAACGAAUUCGAUAGAGUGACGGACAUUUAUUCAAACUACAUUUGAUAUAUACUAGUUCAGCCGUUCUUUUCAGUUUUCACUGGAUAUUUAGCCGUGCACUGCUGAAUAAAGUUCAUUUCUG